AACUUUAAAGUCGUGACGAGCGUCGCGGAGGAAUAAACAGAGCUGCUUCGUUUGCAAACUUCGACGGCAAAUAGGCGCGUUUUUCGAUCUGCCACCACCACCUUUUGCAGCUGGCAGUCUGGCUUCGUAUCUUCGACACGACGGAUUGCCAAUGUCUUCUGAAAAAAGCUCGAUCUGAUUAAUGACGAGUCACAUAUGAGCUGAAACAAUGACGCUUAACGCACGGAAUGCCUUAUUGCUCCUCGCGAGCAUUUGCGGAGAUAUUCAUUUUGCCGCUUGCGACGGUGACUUCGUAAUAGAUAAUCGUAACGAGGGAAGCUGCACAACGCCUGAUGAGCAGCAGGGUCACUGUCUAAUGAUUGAAGAUUGCCAGUACGUCUUUAACAUCGUCAAGAAUAAGGGCAUAAGACACCCCGACGCAUUGAAAUUCCUCCUUCAGAGUACCUGUGGUUUUGAGGGCGCAAAUCCAAAGGUUUGCUGUCCUAAAGACGACGCCGACGACAGGCAUAGUUUCAAUGAAGAAAAUGACAAGCGACAUGAGUCGAGCAAAGAAAAGAGUGACGAUCCAAACGAGUCAUUCCAGAAUCCGCUGCAGUUGCUGCCGAGCAAGUGCGGCGAGGACUAUGCUAACAGGAUAAUUGGGGGGGAGUUAACUGAACUGGAUGAGUUUCCUUGGAUGGCCGUCUUGGAAUACGCUCAUGCAAAGGGCACGAUAACUGCCUGCGGAGGAGUCCUGAUCACCAAACGAUACGUCCUUACUGCGGCUCACUGCAUUCGCGCUAUACCGUCAACUUGGCGUCUGCGUAACGUCCGACUCGGCGAGAACGACAUGCGAACCGACCCCGACUGCAUUGACGAAGGCAACGGCGAGCAGACCUGUGCCGAUCCCGUCCUUAUGAUUCCUGUCGAGCGAGAGAUCAUUCACGAGGACUAUAUGAAUCCCGAGCGCUUCAGGAACGACAUCGCUCUACUCCGCUUGGAUCGUGACGUCGAGACAACGCGAUACGUCCAGCCAAUCUGUCUGCCAACCAGUGGCGAUGUCAGUAGGCUUUACUGGUCCGCUGGCUGGGGACAAAUCGAGAAGAAGGCCAGCUCCGACAUCAAGCUUAAGGUUCGCCUGCCCUACGCUGACUUCAACACUUGCAGGCACACCUACUAUACCAGAAACAUCAUCCUCGGCGAUGGUCAGAUGUGCGCUGGUGGUAUUGCUGGUAGAGACACUUGUAAAGGUGACUCAGGUGGACCGCUCAUGAAGCAGGUCCAAGAAAUAGGCAAAGCUAACAAGUGGGUUGUCGAUGGAGUUGUGUCGAUUGGACACUCGCCUUGCGGACUCCAGGGCUGGCCCGCAGUUUACACUAAAGUUCACGAUUACUUGCCCUGGAUUUUCAGCAAGCUUCGGCCUUAGGAGCUUUCAGAGGAAGACUGCUUAGAAUGAAGAAAGAGUAUUUGUUUUCUUUUACAGACAUUAAACUAUAUAAAUGAAUUGUUUUAAUAAUUUAAAACUGUAAAAAAUAAUUAAAUAUAUUAGUAAAAUAUCAUACUGAAA